CUACGUAGUAAAUACCCACAGAGCGCAGGUAAUAGGCUUAGUAGUUCUCAAGAAGUGAAAACUCUCGUUUGGGCUUAUCUUGAUUUGUAUAUCCUCAUGCAUGCACGCACAGACUCAGCGUUUCUGGAACUCUGUCAUGACUUCUCUGACAUCUGCAGACAAACGCGAAAUCGGACAGCACUUCGUGUUUGGCUUCCAUGGCCAUGAGAUCAGCGAGGAUGUCAAGGUCCUCAUUCGCGACUAUCACGUAGGGAACAUCAUCCUUAUGAAGAGGAAUGUGCAAGAUGUGAAGCAAGUCCAUCGAUUGGUGCAGAGUUUACAGCAACUCGCGAAGGAGUCUGGGCACUCUCGCCCGCUCAUGAUCGGGAUCGAUCAAGAGAACGGUCUCAUCUCUGCAUUUACUAGCUCCACUGCAGGAACCCAGUUUCCUGGUGCGAUGGCACUCGCUGCAACGGGCUCGCCAGAGAUCGCAGAGGAGUGUUCUGCAGCUACUGCCCGGGAGAUGAAGCUCGCCGGAAUUAAUUGGGCAUACAGCCCAGUCGCGGAUGUUAACUCGAACCCCAAAAACCCAGUCAUAGGGGUCAGAUCCUUCGGUGACGAUCCGGAUGAGGUGGCAAAAUAUGCUUCUGCAGUUAGUCGUGGCCUGAUGCAAGGGGGUGUCGCCCCUUGCGCGAAACACUUUCCCGGACAUGGGGAUACCCACAUAGAUUCGCAUCUUGCUCUCCCGGUGAUUGAGAAGACCGAGGAUGAGCUCAUGGAAACGGAGCUCGUACCCUUUCAUAUACUUGUCGAGUCUGGUAUUCCAACGAUCAUGACUGGUCAUAUGGCGCUUCCUCUCAUCACCGGAGACAAUACACCAUGCUCCCUCUCCACAACGAUCACGACAGAUUUGCUUAGGGAGAAGAUGGGCUAUGGUGGGGUAAUUGUGACCGACUGUCUGGAGAUGAAUGCAGUAGCUGCCUCAUAUACCCCGCAAAAGGGUGCCGUGAUGGCCCUGCAGGCCGGCGCAGAUAUUGCCAUGAUCUGCCAUACGAUGAAGGUGCAAAGGGGUGCCAUCGAGGAGACUUAUGCGGCUGUCGAAAAUGGCUCAUUAUCGCUUGAAUCCCUCCGGAAAAGUGGACAGCGGAUCGCCGCUCUGAAAUUCGCAUAUGCAGGUACUUCUUGGGCGGACGUUUUCGAACCGUUCCAUGAACAAGCCCUCGCAGACCUCCUUAUCCGGAACGCACAUCUCAGCGCUGAGUCAUAUGCUGUCUCGACAGCGUCGAUUAGAGGGACCCUUCCAGUUGUAAGGAAAGACGAUGGUCCAGUAUUGGUUAUGGCCCCAGUGAUGGAGUAUCUUGCACUGGAACAAUCUGUGGCUCGCCGCACGAACUUGCGACAUCUUCUGUAUACACCUCUGCCAGCACAUGGACGGGGGCAGCUUCCUGAUGAAAUUUCUGGUGCCCUCCGGGCAACCUCUGCAAUUAUAUUUGUUACACGCAACGCGGAUCGUAGCGGUUGGCAGGUUGAUUACUUACGAAGGCUGCUGCAAGAAAAACGGGGUGCCACCCCCAUCAUCAUUUUGGUUAGUUGUGCACCUUAUGACGUGGUGGGGGCACCGGACAUUCAGGAACCGUGUCUGGCUAGUUUCGAGUACACUCCAGCUGCGUUGGAGGCGGCUGUCGCAGUGAUCUUUGGGGAACGCGAAGCGAAGGGACAGGUACCUGUGUCGUUGUGACCUCAGGUGGAUGCAAAAGAUGGCUGCGGCUUCAGCGUAGCUUUCUUGCAUAUAUAUUUUUUGACUGCAGCAAUAUUGUUGCAGGGAGUUGGAUUUAGCUGUCAUACAUCAUAG